GUCAUUUGUCAGAUGUUACAAAAUCAGCUGUUUUCAGUUAAUAAAUACUAAAUUUGUAGUUCGUGUUCUUAGAAUAACAAUGAAUCUUAAUUCUAUAUACCUUUUGUAAACUUAAUCAUCCAAAUUCAAUUUUGUUGUGAAUAUGGAAUUACGUAGAGUAGGGCAUGCAGUCUUCAGGGGUGUAUAUGAUAGUUUUAGAGGCAUGUAUGCUAUCCUAUAUCUGGAUAAGGAAAUUAAUGAACGUAAAAUAAGGUACUCUCCUACAAGAAUGAAUUCUAUAAGACAGAAGGCCUUUGAUUCAAAAGAAACUACUCCUGUUAGACAACUUAAAAAACAUGAGGAAUCAAAAGUAAUGAAAAGAAUAAUACAGUGUGGUGUAUUAAAUGGUGGAAUAUUUUUAAUUAGCAUACUUUUAUUUGAAUAUGGACUACUUCCUAGUAUAAACAAAUUGUUAGGUUACAUAUUCGGAAGUGAGUCCUUUAUGGGCAAAUUAGUUUGGUCUUGGAUAGAGCCCAUUUUAUCCCUGAUAUUCAAGACAGUUUGGGUCAUACCACUCUUUUUAUUAAGUAAGGUUGUAAAUGCUUUAUGGUUUCAGGAUAUAGCGGAUUCCGCGUAUAGGCACACCCGCGGUCGACCUGUAUUCUCUCAAAGCCUCAGCAAAGUAUUGGCAGAUUCUAUAUUUAGUAUAUUGAUACAAUUACUGUUUUUAAUACAAGCCAUGGCCGUGAGCUAUAUUCCCAUAUACAUGGUAGGAUAUACUUUAUCCUUGGUGCAAAUGUGCAUGUUAUAUUCCCUCUACGCUUUCGAGUACAAAUGGUUCAACAUGGGCUGGGAAUUACACAAAAGACUGUCCUUCAUCGAAACUCAUUGGCCUUAUUUUAUCGGGUUCGGAUUGCCUAUGGCGAUUUUUACUCAGCUCUCUGACUCUUGGAUUAUAAGUGGUUGUGUCUUUUCUAUAUUAUUUCCAUUUUUCAUUAUAAGCGGAAACGAAGCUAUUCCUGUCCUUAAUUCAAGUGACUAUCCUCUACAUUUUUUCGCGCCUGUCAUUGGCGUGUCAAAUGUUCUGUUCAGCAAAACGAUAGGGAUUUCUCAAAGGUGAACACGUGUUCUGACAUACUCAACUUUGUAUGUAACUACGUUAUUGUUGAAAAUUCUGUAAAUAACAAAUGUUAGUAUAUAAGAAGUACAAGUACAAGACACUUAUUGUUUUUUUUUUAAUUUUGUGAGACGUUGAAAUGCAGACUUUAUUUUUGUGUACAUUUUAUGAUUUUUUUUUAUUAAAAGUUUAUUUGUUA